AUGAAGGCCAAAAUCGGGCCGAUCGUCAAAACGUUCGCACGACUCAAAAAUUGGCUCAAAAUGGGCCAAAAAUCGCACAGUCUUCACUCAAACUCAGACAAAGGUGAUGGAUCUGUCAGGUACAUUCUGAGCGGCGAAGGAGCUGGGACUAUAUUUAUCAUCGAUGAAGUGACAGGGGAUAUUCAUGCCACUAAGAGCUUGGAUCGGGAACGGAAAACACAUUAUGUCCUCCAUGCGCAAGCGUUGGACCGUAACACAGAGGAGGCCCUGGAACCAAAGUCAGAAUUCAUCAUCAAAGUACAAGACAUCAAUGACAAUGCACCCAAAUUUCCAGAUGGACCCUUUGUAGCUUCGGUCCCUGAGAUGUCUGAAGUGGGCACAUCUGUGUUGCAAGUCACAGCAACCGAUGCGGACGACCCCACCUAUGGAAACAGUGCCAGAAUAGUCUACAGUAUCCUACAAGGACAGCCAUAUUUCUCUGUUGACCCCAAAACAGGAAUCAUCAGGACUGCCUUAGCUAACAUGGAUCGAGAAGCCAGGGAACAUUACACUGUUGUCAUCCAAGCCAAAGACAUGGCAGGUCAAGUUGGAGGCCUCUCUGGUUCCACCACCAUCAACAUCACACUGACAGAUGUCAAUGACAACCCGCCCAAGUUUCCCCAGAAAAACUACCAGCUCUACGUUCCUGAAUCAGCUCAAGUAGGGAAACCUGUAGGAAAGAUCAAAGCCAAUGAUGAGGACCUUGGCGUCAAUGCAGACAUUCGGUACAGCAUCAUCAAUUCAGAGGGGGCCAACAUGUUCUCAAUUUCUGCAGACAGAGACACGAGGGAAGGAAUCAUCAGCCUAAAAAAGGCCAAGCCUAAAGGUGGCACACAAGGUCAGGAACUGACCAUGAGCAUCAUUAUUUCUUCCAAAUACAGAGUUGUGCACAGGGAAUUCAUCCCCCGAGGUCAGAUUGUUAAAACAGGAUACUUCUUGGACAGAAAAGAGGAAGGUAUAAAUUAUUUCAGAGUCGACGAAUACAGUGGAGUUAUAUAUACAACACUGCCCCUGGACAGGGAAGAUAUGCCUUGGCACAACAUCACUGUUAUGGCUUCGGAGGUUGACAAUCCCAGCCUUCUCAGUCACGUUCCUGUAACUGUUCAGGUGCUCGACGUGAAUGACAAUCCACCAGAAAUAGCAACAGAUGAGGAAGUUAUUGUCUGUGAGAGCUCAAGGCCGGGACAGGUGAUCCAGACUGUCACAGCAGUGGAUAAGGAUGACUUUGCCAACGGACAGCGGUUUUCCUUUGCUUCGCCAAGCCAGCUACCAGUUAAUCCCAACUUUACCCUUAAGGACAAUGAAGACAGUACAGCCAGCAUCAUUGCAAGACGACGCCGUUUCAACCACCUGACACAGGAGCUCUACGAGCUGCCCAUUGUAGUGUGGGACGGUGGGGAGCCUUCGCUGAGCGGAACCAGCACCUUGACCCUGCGGGUGUGCCCAUGCCAGCGCCAUGGCAGGAUCCGGAUGUGCCAAGGCGAAGCAUUCCUAUCAUCAGCAGGUCUCAGCACGGGGGCCUUGAUUGCCAUCCUGCUGUGCAUCGUUAUCCUGCUGGCAAUUGUAGUCCUGUUUAUUACUCUAAGGCGGAGCAAGAAAGAGCCCCUCAUCAUCUCUGAAGAAGACAUUAGAGAGAAUGUGGUCACCUAUGAUGAUGAGGGCGGCGGCGAGGAGGACACGGAGGCUUUCGACAUCAUCGCUCUUCGUAACCCGGCUGCCGCAGAGGAGCUCAAGUUCCGACGGGACAUUCGCCCAGAGGGGAGGAAACAUUGCGGCCCGCCCCGCAUCCAUCGCAGCCCGUCUGUGGAGCUGGAUGAGGUGGACGUGCAUGAAUUCAUCAAGCAGAAACUAGUGGAGGCCGACAUGGACACUAGCGUGCCGCCGUACGAUUCACUUCAGACCUACGCUUACGAGGGUCAGGGCUCACCUACAGGAUCCGUCAGUCCUUUAGACUCACCCGGCACACAUUCGGAGCAGGAUUUUAACUAUCUGGAUAACUGGGGACCCCAGUUCCAGAAACUAGCAGAACUCUACGGAGAUCCAGAGUCAGAUGUGACGACCUAGUCUGUGAUUUCAGUCUUGUUCAAACCAAAUCUGUUUGAAAUCCGUUUUUUCAGAUUUUCAGUGAAGGAUAUCAACAAACAGAUAUGCUAACUGUUUCAGUGGUUUCCAACUUAUACUGUUGAACUAAAAAGGACUAUUUUUAUUUAUUUUGUUUUUCAUUUUGUCCCUUUGGAUCAUGGGUCGUUCAUCUGGAAGCAUUAAAUCAGAUUUUGAAAAGGAAAAACAUAAAUAUGGGGAAAGGAAAAUGAUAUUUUCCUUGUUGUAUAUUUUUUAAUGCUCAAUAAAGUCCUGAAAUCCAUAUAAGUGGAUAUGUGAAAA